AUGUCUGAAUUUGAAUGUGAGUUGCAAGAACUUCUUAUCGAAAUUGAUAUGCUGAUUGAAAAAAAGAAAUGCGACUGGCAGAAAGACCUACAUGCUCUCGAAAAGAAGUUAGCAGUGAAAGUUAAAGAAAAUAACAGGCUUCAAGACCUUGUUGGUGAAAAAGAAAAAGAUUUACAAAAAGCCAUCAUGCGUCUUAACUUAUUGGAAUCUAAACAUUCAAACACUGAUUGUGAGAAACAAAUUGAAGAGCUGAGUUGUAAGAUCGAUGCAAUGAAGUCGAGUUACACUAAUCUUCAAAGGAAAUAUCAGAAACAAUUGAUUGCGGAAAAAAGUGACUUUUCGACGCAUCUACAGAAUCUUGAGAAAGAAAAUGAAGCACUUAAAUCAGAUUACGAAAGAUUGAGGCAAAAGAAUGAACAAACAAUUUCAUCAUUGAGACAACAGCUAGUUGAAGAGAAAAACUGCAUCCUUAGUAUCCAGAGACGCUGUGAUGAACUUCAGUCUCAACUUGAAAGUAAAGCGAAAGAAGAGGUGAAUCAAAAGAGCACCACUGAAGAGUUAGAAAAACAACACAAAUUAACUAUUGAUGGACUUGAGAAACAGUUAGAAGAACAAAAGCAUACAAUAAAACUUCAGGCUGAAGAAUUAAUGAUUGCGAAGACAACACUUAAAAACAAGACUUCUGAAAUUCAUCGUCUUUCUCAUGAAGCUGAAUUAAAGAAAACCGAUUUGAUUAAUUCUCAAAAAUCUGUUAAACGAUUAGAAAAAACAGUGGCAAGGCAUUUAAAUCUACUUUUAAAUCAAAAACAGAAUUCAGCAUCUACUUCACCGUGUAAAAGUACAGGUGUCAUUUCACCUACUGAUUCAUCGUCUAUUUUACCGCGACAUUCAGAACAGCCUUCGGAGGAUCAAGAAGAAAUAAAUCAAAAAGUUCGAUAUUUAGAAAACCAGUUGAAUGAAGCUAACAAUGCACUGAUAGAAAAGAUGCUAGAAAUUAGUCGUCUAGAGAAUACAUGUCAAACAGCAUCUGCAACAAUUCGUCGUUUAGUAGAAUCUAAAGCCUACUCUACUGGACAAACGAAAUCAUUGGAGGCAUCUAUUCAUGAAGCAUGUGAAAGAGUUGAAAAUUUUGAAGGACAAUUAAUGAUAGUCGAGAAGGAAUUAUCAUCUAAACUAUCAAAAUCAAUGUCAGAAAUAUCUCGGCUUAGAAAAAUUGUACAAGAAAUUCAAUCAUUCAAACAACAUGCGAAGAAUCAAACCGUAAAUGUAGGCGUACAAACUACUGAAGAUUUGAUACCAGAAGGAGGAAGAGGAGGAGGAGGAGAAUCAUUAAAAGCAGCAAUGAAUAAAAGAAACGGUGAUAAUGAAUCGACUACAACGAAUAACUCUUUAUAUUCAAAUGAAAGUCUUCUAAGGCAAAUAGAAGCUCUUCAUCAAGAACGAACUAGUUUACGCUCUUGCGUUUCUCAACAACUUUCUUCUAUUCGAAAAUUGCAACAGGAGAAUUUAGCUUUAUCUGAUUUACUAACAAAUGCAGAACAGUUUAAUCGAACACAUUUAAGUUGUGCUACAAACUUGACAUCUACACCAUCGAUCAAUUAUUUAAGUAGUAAUGAUGGUCAAUACGAAUCACUUCAUUGCUUCAAAGGAGUUAAUAAUAACAAUAUGGUGGCCGAUGAAAGAAGUAAUAAUUCUGAAGUUGAUGAAACAAUUAGUCAAAUAACUAAAAGUCGUUCAAAUUCUCGAGGUGAAUUUCGUAGCAGCAACAUGAAUUCGCCUACUGCUGUUUCUUCUACUAAUGAUGUAGCACCCGGCAAAAAUGUAAAGUCUGAACUAAUGACUAUGAAUGAAAUUUUCAGAAGAAGUGGUCAAGCGAAAUCAAUCGAUUCGUCGAGUAAAUUAAGCGAAGCAACACGAAAACUAGUACCACCUCUACGUUUAUCUGCUUCACCAUCUCCCACAGCUUUAGUGAAAGUUGCCGAUUGUAAUCGGAAUUCAUCAAAUGGGAAUGAGAUGACCAAUUCACAUCAAUCUGAAAAUGUUACUAGUUACGAACGUGUUUUAUCAACAAAAACACCACCACCGGUGACUGAAACACAGAAUCUUUUCAACACCAAUAAAUUAUCUGCCGGCGCACUGCAGAACACAUAUCGAUUGAACAGUCCGGAGGAUUCAAAUGCCCAAUCAAUAAGAAUUGUGGCUACAACUGUUCCACAUUUUUCUGUUACCAGUAAACACAACACGUCUUUUAUUGAUUCACAUAUACAUCCUCAGAGUUAUCAGUUAAACAAUGGGUUAAAUUUGUCUCAAUUAUCAAAUGAAGAUAAUUCACUGAAUCAUUGUCCGUACAAUUCAACAAUUCUGAAAUCUUUGUCAUCAUCGAUACAAUCAACUUCUCCGCUACAACCACCACCACCACCGUCACUCUCUCAUGGACUAUAUUCAUCAAAUUUCAACAAUUCAAAAGUCAAUCAUAUCAAUUUACACAUUGGAAGAGGAGGUGAUGAUGAUGGUAAUCACGAAAACGGAGAAGAAGAAGAAUACGACAAUGACGGUGAAGAAGAUACAGAAGUGUAUAAUUUAGCCGCAAAAUUCUUAGCAGAUGAACAAAAACAUUCAGCCUUGUUAGAAGAACAAAUUGAUGCACAUUUAAAAGAUUUGAAGGAGUAUGCUGCCACUUUAAAUGGAUUCUGUUAG